UUGGGGCCGGACCGAGCCUGGCCGGGCCGGGUAGGGGCCGGCGCUCUGAUCUCACUGCUGAGCGCCGGAAGUAUCCUAGAUCUCAGCGCAGGGGCUCGGCGGCUAGACCGCGGGGCUGGCGCGACCAUGCCGGUCACCGGGAAGACUUUCCGCCGGCGCCGGGCCGACUCGGAGUCGGAGGAAGAUGAGCAGGACUCAGAGGAAGUUCGAUUAAAACUGGAAGAGACCCGAGAGGUGCAGAACUUGAGGAAGAGGCCCAACGGGGUGAGUGCUGUAGCCCUGCUGGUGGGAGAGAAGGUACAAGAAGAGACCACUCUAGUGGAUGAUCCCUUUCAGAUGAAGACAGGUGGGAUGGUAGACAUGAAGAAACUAAAGGAAAGGGGCAAAGAUAAGAUCAGUGAAGAGGAAGACCUCCAUCUGGGGACGUCAUUUUCUGCAGAAACCAACCGAAGGGACGAGGACGCUGACAUGAUGAAGUACAUUGAGACGGAGCUGAAGAAGCGGAAAGGGAUCGUGGAACACGAGGAACAGAAAGUUAAGCCAAAGAAUGCAGAGGACUGCCUUUACGAACUGCCGGAAAACAUCCGGGUUUCCUCAGCAAAGAAGACUGAGGAGAUGCUGUCCAACCAGAUGCUGAGCGGCAUCCCGGAGGUGGACCUCGGCAUCGAUGCUAAAAUAAAAAAUAUCAUUUCCACGGAGGAUGCCAAGGCCCGUCUGCUGGCAGAGCAGCAGAACAAGAAGAAAGACAGUGAGACAUCCUUUGUGCCCACCAACAUGGCUGUGAAUUACGUGCAGCACAACCGAUUUUAUCACGAGGAGCUCAAUGCUCCCAUACGGAGAAACAAAGAAGAGCCCAAAGCCCGACCGUUGAGAGUGGGCGACACAGAGAAGCCGGAGCCUGAGCGGUCCCCUCCCAACCGCAAGCGUCCUGCCAACGAGAAGGCCACAGAUGACUAUCACUACGAGAAGUUCAAGAAGAUGAACAGGCGGUACUGAGGGAGGCUAAAGGGGAGAGGUGCAAAGUGGGGUAUAAACAGUGUCGUUCACUCCCUUUAUUCCCCCUGAUAAAAGGCUUCCUGGACAGAAGCCUGCUCAUUGGCUAGCAGACAGUUCCCAAAACAGACUCUAUCCGUCCUGCUGCUUACCUGCUGGAUUUCUCAGGCACUGAAUUUGUAACCUUUUGGAACAAUGUGUAGUUUUCCUCUUUGGGGACAAACUCUAUUCUUGAGAGCAUUAUUAAAUCUCGUUUGUAAAUACGUUGACUUUCUCCUAAUAUUUGCCCUGGGUCAGGAGGAAACAGUUGUGUGUUUCAGGGUGAGAUAAUACCCUUUCGAUUGUGGUUUUAUUAUUAUUAUAUAUGCAAUCAUGUCUCCUGUUUUCAAGUAUCUGGAGUGGGGUUCAGAAAUGCAUCCGUCACUGUUUACAGUGGAUCCAGCUGACAGCAGAAAAAUCUAGCUUGAGAUCAAAGGAACACUGGUAUUUUCUGACUUUUACAAAGUUAUCUGUUUCUUUUCAUUAUGAAAGAAAAAACAAUUUCUAUCACUUAAGUAUUAAAUAUGAAAUGGA